AUGAAAGAGACUAUGGAAAAAGUCCAAAAUACCACUCAUGGAUAUGGCUGUUUUGAACACAGCACGCCUCUGGGACAAAGCACAUCCAGCACGCCCACCUCUGCUACAAUCAGUCGCCUCCUGAGAUUUGGAGCUGUGGUCCUUAUUGUUGGUGCCGUGCUAAUGCUGUGUGCAUCCAUGGCUGCUCUCUACCUGUGGAAAGUCAGUGAUAAAAAUGUUUAUAAUGUUCGAUACAGUAUGAACAUCAAUGGGGAGGUGAGGGAGGGCUCGGUGGAAAUUGAUUCUGACAACAACCUGGAGAGAUUUAAAACCGGGAGUGGAGCUGAAGAAGCGGUGGAGAUUCAUGACUUUCAAAUUGGAAUAACUGGAAUCCGCUUCUUUGGAGGAGACAAGUGCUAUAUAAAAUCCCAAAUCAAAGCCAGCCUUCCACACAUGGGAGCUCACAACAAAGAGUCGCUGAUGUUUGACCUGACUGAUGAAUUAAUGCCAGUGAGGUUUGAUGAGGAGUUCCUCAUAUGGGUGGCGGGAGAGCAGCCACUGAGUGACACCAGUUUUCUGAGCAACAAAAUUCUGGGUCUUUGUGGGGAACUUCCCAUUUACUGGCUCCAACCUACGUACCCUAAAGAUGGGGAAAGGGGAAAGAGAGACACGGAGCGAGCCAAACGGCAGUUUAACAUGGAGGAGUUGGAGGCAGCUGCCGAGGAGAAGGAGCCGGUGAGUCACGCAGAGGAUGACACCCCCAGAGUCGCGGAAGAAGAGGAGGGGGGACAGUCAACUGCAGGGUCAGCAUACAAUCCCGAAAACCCCUAUCAUCGCAGCGGAGGAGCCAGAGAAGAAGAUGCCGUGACCUUUGACACCAUGUUAGACCACCAGGGGAUCUGCUGCUCAGAAUGCCAACGCAGCUACACUCACUGUCAGAGAAUCUGCGAGCCUCUGCGUGGCUACUGGCCUUGGCCUUACAACUACAGAGGGUGCCAGGUAGCUUGCCGAGUCAUUAUGCCUUGUCGCUGGUGGGUGGCACGCAUUUUAGGUGUUGUGUAA